CAAAGGCCUUAAAAAACAGCGACUUUCUCAGCCUCAGCAAGUCAAGUCUCCCUCUUGAAAUGAUUGCAGAAAUCCUCUGCAGAUUACAAGCACAGAAACUUCCUUGUUUCAGGGCUUCAGAAUGAUCAUUGCGUUGACGUUGAAUAUGCAUUCAGACAUGAUUGACUUCAAGAUGACUACAAGGUUUUGAUGAUUUCUCAGAAGGAUCUUAUAAGGGAUGCUCUGGUACUCAUAUCCCUCAAGUUAUGGUUUAUAGAUAACUCAUGGGCGGCAAUUGUUGUGCCUAGUUAUCUUCACUAUAUUAUCAACAAAAAGGGAUUCUGGAAUAGGCAACAAUAUGUACUACUUCACAUGCUUUUCAAUGGUCGUUAACAUAAGGGGAUGAAUCAAAUAUUGCUGCAUUUGAUAUUCAAAGAGGGGAGUUUUGCGCAAGGCCUCUCCCUGGCUUAGGAGGAUCUGCUGAUUCCUACAGGAUUUUGGGUGUCCUAGGACAUUGCCUUUGCUUGGUUUCUAUGUUUGUCCAUAGUAGCGUGGACAUGUAGAUGACGAAAGAAAAUGGAAUCAACAAUUCAUGGGCGAAAUUUUUGUCACCUGACCAUUCUCCUUCACUUUUACACAUAUGGCUCCUUCAGCAUAUUCAAAGGAUUGUGAUCUCGAGUUUCUCCUAAAAGUGCAUACAUAUUCAAGAAAGUUUAUUUGGUAUGAUCUAAAGACUAGAACAUAUGAAGAUGCAGAAAUUCCUUGUUAUCAACGGCUAUUUGAUGCCUAUACAUUUGCUGGAAGCCUAGUCUCUCCCAAAUUAAAGACAAAACGCAUCAAGAAUGUGAUAAAAAGAAAAUGAAGAAGAGAAACAAGGUAAAAAGGAAGAGACGAAGUUGCCUAGAUUUCUUGUUGGAUGACAAGCAAGGAAUUGUAGUGUUUAUAUUUUUGUCCAUGUGAAGGGCACGGAAAUCCGCAUGCAGCAAUUCUGCCUGUUACCGUUGAUUCUCAGUGCCAAGUCAGUGACUCGCUGAAGGCACAUACAUUAACAAAACCAAAAACGGAGUCUCUCCAACUCUCCCAAAUAAAUGUCAAGACCCUUCAAGAAUGUAAGAACAGGGGAUAAAAGGAAAAGAUUGUCCCUUAAUUACCUCCAAUCAUGUUAGGUACUUGUGAUGUUUUUGUUUUCCUUUGUUUUGUGAAAACCCUUAAUUAUUAUGUUAUUUAUAUCCUGCAAGUUCAAGUCCCAGUAGAGGCUGGGGACUGUUACUAGAUUGCUGUUGGCAUGUUUGAAAUUAUAAUAGUGAUAGCUGUUUAAAGUAUUUUUUAUUUAGAAAUGUAUUAAAAUAAAUUUUUUUUAUUUUUAAAUUUUUUUUUUUAUAUUAAUAAAGUCUUUAUUAUAAAGCUGCUGUUUAGCUUGGAAAUCAUUUUAGGGUUCAUUAAAAGGAGAAAAUAAAAUUAAAAAAAAAUCUAAGCUUCACAAUUUUUCACCAAACAUUUCCUUACCCUAACUAUUUAGCUCGGUUUGUGAGCUAUUUCAGAACAAUUUUGAUUUUUCAAAGUUUUAUUUAAUUUUUCACUCUUAUUGUGAGACUUUUUCCAGAAUCUAGGUUUUUUCUCAAACUCUUUUCGUUUCACCACCUUCGUCAAUUCCCUUUCAAUAUCAAUCUUAUUAAACUUAGUUUUGUAGAAUUUAAACCUUCAUUAAUCGCGUAGUUCCAUAAAUAGGACUGUUAUUGCUGUUACAAAGCAACACUAUACUCACCUCAAUCUUGCUCCCGAAGUUGCUUCGCUACGACUCUACAGCAAGUUAAAAAGUAACAACAUUCUGCACUGUUGACAAUGAUAUGGAAAAGCUCUAUGCAACUUGAGUUUUCUCUUAAAGGCAAAGAGCACAAAAGUCACCGAAUAAAGGGGCUAAAAGAUUUGACAAACUUGCGUGACAAGGAGACACCCCUUGUGUUACAAGGAGAUACACCGACUCAAGGAAAUUGAUUUAGGUCCUAGGAAGCAUAAAAGCUGAGUUCAAUUUGAUUCCCGGUAAGAAUCCAACAUGCAAGAAAACGAAAAUCCACCAUGGUUUAUUACAAGGCAAGGUUCCCCUUCAAUACCCCGAGGGAAUCAAUGCAGUUGCAUCGUGAAACUACCGGAGGAUGUCAUAGCUCACAUACUAAGUUAUUUACCUGUCAAGAGUCUGUUGCUUUUCAAGUGUGUCUCCAGGCUAUGGUGUUCCCUGAUCGAGAGUGAAUAUUUCAUCAAACUUCACCUCAGAAACUUUGUCCAUGAUAGCAGCGGUGCCAAACUUAGCCUCAUUCUUCAAGACACAUGCUUCUCAACGCCAAAGAUCUUUUCAGUUACCGAUGUUGGUUCGCAGAGUGAAUGCGUCGAACUUGGAGGCCCGUUCGGUUACAGGACCAGAAUAUUGGGGUCUUGCAAUGGUUUGCUUUGCGUUUGUCAAUCAGACAUGGAAGACAGCGUCGAGUACAAACGAUCAGGGAAGUAUUACGUCUCACCGAAGAUAGCCUUGUGGAACCCAUUAACAAAGAAAUUGCAUAUCCUGCCCUUCGCACCUAUUCAAGUUACAACAUGGAGUCCUCUCUAUGGUGUUCUUGACUCUCUUGAAUUUCAAUAUGCAUUUGGACAUGAUUCGUUCAACGACGACUACAGGGUUUUGAGAAUUGUACAGCAGAAUCCUGGAAUGCCUGAUCCUGAUAAGUUUAUCCUUAAAGCUAUGGUUUAUAGCCUGAAGGCUAAUUCAUGGAGAGAAAUUGUUGCACCUGGUUAUCUUCAUUAUAUUGUCAGUAAAGAAUCUGUGCUAGUCCGUGACGCUUUUCAUUGGUUGCUAAUCCAAGGGCAUGGAUUUGAUAUUGUUGCAUUUGAUAUUCAAAGAGAAGAGUAUUGCACAGUGCCACUGCCUAACUUAGAAAGUAAGUCUUCUCUUUACUACAGGAAUUUGGGUGUCCUCAGACAAUGCCUCAGCUUAGCCUCUAGUAGUGUCCAUAAUGUUGAGAUAUGGGUGAUGAAGGAAUAUGGAAUGAAGGAUUCAUGGGUUAAAUUGUUCUUGCUUGAACAGUCUUCUUCACUAUGCUACAGUACUGUUCCAUAUGAUCUGGCCCCUUUAGCAUAUGUAAAGGAUAACAAUGAUGAUCAUAAGGUUCUCCUAAAAGGGCUGUCUGAUCAAAGUCUCAUAUGGUAUGAUCUAAAGCCAAAAACAUAUGAACAUGUCCAAAUUCAUGGGGCUCCAUGGCUAUAUCAACCCUUUAUUUUUGUUGGAAGCCUUGUCUCUCCUCUCCCUCCAAUGCAGAAACAACUUGAUGGCAAGAUACAUCAGGAAUGUGAGAACUAGACAAACAAGAAGAGAAGAAUAGGAGAAGAAAUAGCCAAUUAGGGCCUGUAAAUCUUCUUUCUUUUCCUUCGUUUAUCCCAGAUUGUAAGACAAUUCAAAGUUUUAAUGUUGGUAAUUGUUUUUGGCUAUUUACAUUUGCUGUGAAUGCUGAAUGGUGGUGGUGGUUAUAGUUUUGUUCAUGUCAAGGCCAAUCUCUGCAUGUGCCUCAGCUUCUACUGAUGACAUGUUCAGAUGCUUGUGCAAUUCCAAUAUGCUAGAAUACAGCUUCCCUUUCUGUUUAUUCUUUCAUAA